UGACAAUAAGAAUAUGGAGACAAUUGAUCAAAGCCAAGCUAAAUUUGAAGUAUCUAGCAAAAAUAAACGAGAAUGGCUUAAGAAAAAGAUUGACCAGGAUCAUCUGGAGUAUGUUCGAAAGCUUGAAACAGAUAUAAUGAAUUACUCUUAUAAAUUGAAUGAAUUAGAAGAAGAGCUUGAGAAGAAUCCACCAAAGUUAAAGUCCAAGGAAAAGGAGAAAGAGAAAUAAACUUGCUCUAUUUAGAUUUAAGAUUGAUCAAGCUCGAGCAAGAAUCUCAAACUCUAAAGAAAUGAAAGAGUCUAUGGAUCAGACUGAAGAUGACUUCUUUUGUCAUUCAGAUUUCAGCAAAUUUUACGGGAGCAAGGCCAAGAUAAAUAAUCAAAUGUGAGAGGUUAAGACUAGCAAUGGAGAUACUUACUAUAUUGAAGAGUUUUUACUUCAGUUACUUUAUGAUCACCAAAUUGAUGGCCUUCAUUGGCUUCUUGAGCAGCAUUCUUCAAACAGAGGGUCUUUACUCGGAGAUGAAAUGGGUUUAGGAAAAACUAUUACUUCGCUCUCCUUGCUUAGCUGUUUAAAGGCAACUCAAAUGAACUCAGAUCGUAUAACAUUUGGGAUAAAUCUCUUAGUCUGCCCUGCUACCCUUCAAGAUCAAUGGAAAGAAGAAGCAAAACUAUGGGCAACUAAUAUAGAUACUUAUAUCUUCUCUCAGGAUAUCAGGACAAAAGCAUCACUCUCUAAUAUCUUCAAAUAAAUACAAAAAGGACGGAUGAGUGAUAAUUAUCACAUAUGAGACAUUGAGGAAUUAUAGAAAAUGGUUCGACAAAGAGGAAAUAUAUUAUGCCAUACUUGAUGAAGGCCACAAGAUAAAGAACCCUAAGGCUAAAGUUACUCAAGAGAUCAAGAAAUUGUCUAUUAAAAACAGACUAAUUCUGACAGGAACACCAAUUCAAAAUACUAUUGAUGAACUUUGGUGUCUUAUUGACUUCAUUCAGCCAGGGAAACUAUCCAAACUUGAAAUUUUUAGAGAUGAAUAUUGAUCGCAUAUACUAAAAGCUGGAAGCGUAAACGCAACAUCUAUUGAGAUAGCCAUGGCUAAAGAAUGCACUCAUAGACUGAGAGUUUUAAUUAGGCCUCAUAUUUUGAGAAGAACCAAGGCGAUGCUUACUAAAGCAUGAAAUCUGCAGUCAAAGAAUGAAUAUAUUGUUUUCUGAAAUCCUACUAUUCCCCAAAUAUUGAUCACAAUGAAGCUGAGGAAUAAAGUAGUUACUCAGAUUAGAAAUAGCGAGAAUCAUGAGAUUCAAGCAGACGAUCUUAUGUUGAUCUCAAAAGCUAGGAAAAUCUGAAAUCAUCCAUAUCUUGUGUUCUGGGAUGAAGGAACUCAAGACCUUCUUUACGGAGUAGGUGAUGAAUCUGGAAGUGAAAUUCACAACAAAGAUGAUUUGAUGCAACUAAUUUUUGAUCAAAGAGACAAGAGUGGCAAAAUCAAUAUUGCUGAAAAGUUGCUAGAUGAAUGGUACUCUAAAGAAAAAACAAAAGUUUUAAUUUUCAGUCAGACUAAGAUCAUUCUUGAUAUCCUUGGGAAGGUCAUUGAGUCAAAAGGAAUAAAGCACAAAAGAAUUGAUGGAAAUACGAAUGUCUCCAAAAGGAUGGAAAUUAUUAAGCAGUUUUCAGAAGAUGAAGACUGAUUUGCCAUGCUUCUUACAACUAGAGUUGGAGGACUCGGGCUAAAUCUAACUGCAGCAAACAAGAUUAUCAUCUUUGACCCUGAUUGGAAUCCUAUGGUAGAUAUGCAAGCUAGUGAUAGAGCAGCAAGAAUUGGGCAAAAGCAAGAUGUAACUGUGUAUAGAUUGGUCUGUAGUGACACAGUUGAAGAAUUUAUAUAUCAAAAACAAAUUUUCAAACAGUUUAUGGCCGAUAAAAUUCUGAAUAAUCCUGGGGCAAAGAGAAUAUUCAAAGAAAAAAUUUUCAUAGAAUACUUACUUGCAGUCCCAAAAACAUGGCAGAAGCUCUAUAAAGAUAUGGGAUUGGAUAUCUAUUCAAAAGACGAGAGGAACGAGGAAGAAGCAAAAACAGUUAAGGCUCUAUCUGAACAAGUCCUAUUUAACUUUGGAGAAAUAAAGAAAAUUUGAAUGAAAGAGUCGAUGAAGAAGAGAGAUAAGAAAAACAUGGAUAAAAUGUUCACAAAGCAUCAGAGAAAGAUGAUUCAGGUAGACAAAGAGAUACUUAAAUAAAGAUAAGAAAUUUAAGAAAUUCUACAAUGGAGUACUUAAUGACAUUAAGACGCUUGAUAGCAAAGAGAAGGGAGAAGAGUCUAAAGAACAUGAGUUUGUAAAGCAACUUCUUACAAGAGACGAAGAUGCCAAAGAGGUUAAUAAUGAUAAUCUUACUAUUGAUGAAAGAUUGCAGCUUAUGAGACUCAAAAAUAAGACAAUGGAACAUCUCAGUAAAGAUAAAAAUCUUGGUGAAAAUACAAUGAAAUUAGAGUCUUCAUUAGCUUUCACUGAAGAUGAGAUAUCAGAAAGAAUUGAAGUUGCCGAGAAAGAACUACUACAGUUAUUUAAUUCAAAAUCUGAACAAGAAGGUGAAGCCUCAGUUUCAGAUAGCGAUAUGAAAGAGAAUUUUAAAAUUUACCUCCAAAGUCCAUACUUCAGAAAGCCAUUUGAGAAUAUGCUUUUUGAGAAUUGUAGCCUUACUGAUGAGAAGACAUGGAGAUUAAAAUAAUUUCUUCUAAGAUUGUUCAUUU